CGCAGCACCAUGCUGAAUGCCAGCGCCCCCUGCCCGUCCAACGCCUCGCGCUGCGGGGUGGAUUUCCAGGCUGGCCAGGAGCUGGUGGUCUCUCUCUACGGUGCCGUCUUCCUGCUGGGCCUGGCCACCAACGCGCUGACCCUGUGGCCCAUCGUGCAGCAGGUGCGGCUGGGCAACGUGCUGGCCGUCUACCUGCUGGGCCUGGCCGCCUCCGACAUGCUGUACCUGCUCACCCUGCCGCUGUGGAUGCUCUACGUGUGGCGCGGGCACCGGUGGACCCUGAGCAGCCUGGCCUGCCACGCCGCCGGCUUCGUCUUCUACUCCAACAUGUACGUCAGCGUCCUGCUCCUCUGCCUCAUCUCCCUGGAGCGCUACCUGGCCGUGGCGCACCCUCUCCGCUCCCUGGGGCUGCGGAGCCGCCGUUCGGCCGCCGUCGCCAGCGCCGUGGUGGCCCUGCUGGUUUUCACCUUCCACAUGGGCAUCGCCCUGCGCUCCCCGGAGCCGGCCAACGCCUCCUGCUACGACAGCUACCCGCUGCAGCCCGGCGUGGCCAGGUUCAACUACUUCCGGGUGGCUGGCGGCUUCGCGCUGCCCUUGCUGGUCCUGGGGGUCUCCUACCUCAAGAUCUUCCAGGGGGUGCGGGCCAGCAACACCCUGCUGGACUGGCAGAAGGCCAAGGUGAAGCGUCUCUCGAUGGGCGUCAUCGCCAUCUUCCUGCUCUGCUUCGCCCCCUACCACCUGCUGCUGCUGCUGCGGACAGUGGCCUCCGCAGUGCUAGAUAGCUGCUCCCUCUGCUCCUUCGAGCAGCGGCUCCACCUGCCCUUCUCCCUGGCCCUGGCCCUGUCCAGCCUCAACAGCGCCCUGGACCCCAUCCUCUACGCCCUGGUGAGCGACAGCAUCAAGGGGGACCUACGGAAGGUGUUCGGCUGCGUGGCGCGUGCCCCGGCAUCCGGAACAAUCACCUCUCUGGCCUUGUGACCGGGGCUGGCAUGGCACCGACCGAGGGAAACUGGACCGGGGAUGUCCGAUGGCACCAGAAGGGGGAGCUACGUGCUUAGGAACAUCGGCCUCGCCCAUGGGAGAAAGCCUGCAGCGCCAUGCCCGAUGGCACCAAGAGACGCAGCUGGAUCCAUGGGCGGAUGCCAAAGACUGGAGGGGUGGGGUCUGGGGCCCAGCAAUGGCUAAGGGGGUGGAUUAGGUGGCUUGCCAAUGAGGCUGCAUAGACGGGGGCAUUGUGGGAAGGGGACAGCCCUGCCUGGGAGCUUGCGCUCAGCGGCUGAGCGGUCGCUCUGUCGCUGGGAUCCCAGGCACUGCAUGGGGUUUGUGGGGAGCGAGGAACUGAGAACUCUGCCGAGAACAGGGUACAGGACAGGAGGUGCUCCAAAGAGGGCAAAGGAUUAUUUAGCAGGAGCAACGAGGGGCAAUAAAGACAGGGCGGGUACAGGAGGAUGUGAUUCCCUAACAGCGAGGCUGGGGUAUCCUCUCUGCCGGGGAUGGAGCCCAUCUCAUCGGGGGCUUAAAUUGAGGGGCCCAUGAUGUUGAGAAGAGGGCGUCUCCCCCCAGCAAGGGAUAAACGGGUAACAAUCCCUCAUUCACUGUCCCAACACUAAAGUGUGGUCUGGGGCUGGACAUCAAGUUUUGUAGGUGACUUUCACUGCAACAACCACUGAUGAGCAUCCUUUAAACCUUUUCUUACAAGGACCCUGAAAAAGACGGGAAAACAGUCCAAGUCCUAAAGGAGGCUUCUCUUUUAACGAGGUCUCAGUGUCUGUAGCAAUAGAAGGUUGUUAUAGGUAACAGCCUCUGUUUGACAGUCUAUUAAAUAACAUGAA